AUGUCUGCUAGUACCAGUUUCGAAACCCCCAGUACGGCAUUCAGUGACCUUCGUACUUCUAUAUCCAGCCACCGGCUCAGUCAGAUUGAAAAGUCUGCAGGAAAGAGCUCUGUUCUGGAAGGGAUUAGUGGAAUCCCGUUUCCUAGAGAAGAUAGACUUUGCACCAGGUUCCCGACAGAGAUCAUCCUUCGCCAUAAGGAAACUACUCAAACGAUUAUAACGGCCAGCAUUCGACCCCACACUUCUCGUCCUCAAGUUGAACAAAAGUUGCUUGCAUCUUACAGCAGGACUCUGGAAACGAUAUCGGAGCUACCUCCUGUCAUAGCAGAAGCAUCGAAACUCAUGGGGAUUCGUGGAUAUACUGAUGAUGAUAAUGAUAAUUAUCGACCCUCCUUUGCGCCGGAUGCUCUUCGAAUUGAGAUAACCGGCCCCAUCGGCUUGCAACUGAGCAUCGUGGAUCUACCAGGCCUAAUAUCGGUUGCUAGCGAGGGGCAGACUGAAGAAGACAUCUCAACUGUUCAUAACAUGGUCGCAACCUACCUGCAAAGUUCUCGAACCAUUAUACUCGCAGUUGUGCAAGCAACCAACGAUUUUGCCAACCAGGAAAUUAUCAGACUGGCACGCAAGUAUGAUCACGAUGGCCAGCGGACAGUGGGCAUCAUCACCAAGCCUGAUUUAAUCAACAAGGGCACUGAGGCUAAGGUUGCACGCAUCGCGAAGAACCAGGAUACUAUCAAGCUCAAGCUCGGAUACUUUCUCCUGAAGAAUCCAAGCCCAGCAGAACUUGAUGAAUGUACCACUAUGGCUGCAAGGUCCGCUCUUGAGCUAUGCUUCUUUACUGGCCCUGUAUGGGCCAGCCAGCAUCUGGACAUGGAUCGAGUUGGGGUAGAUAACCUACGCCGUUUCCUGCAAAGACUUCUUGACGCCCAUAUCGAGAGAGAGCUUCCGAAAGUUCGAGCCGAGAUAAAAAAGCGUUUUGCUGAAGCCGAGGCGGAGCUGAAAUCAAUGGGUAAGGCUCGGCCAACCGUUGGUGAUAUCCGCAUGUUCCUCACAAGCCUCAGCAUGACAUUUUAUGAGUUACUUCAGGCAGCCCUAGAGGGAAAUUACCACAGCAGCAGGCACAAUAUCUUCGUAGGGAAUGGAGAUACCAGGUUGCGGGCUCUUAUUCAAGAAGCUAAUACAAGCUUCGCGACUCAGAUGCAUGAAAGAGGAAAACGCCGGGUUGUGCGCGAUGAGGAUGAUAAUGAAGACGACGCCAAGGAUAACGACCAACACAGCGUCGAAAAUGACACUGAUAGCAUCAACAACCUCAUUGAUGAUGAUGAUGAUGAUGAUGAUGUUGAUGCUCCACUACUUUAUGUAAACAAUGAGCAAAUGAUGGAUUGGGUCCGACAGGUGCACUCAAGAACACGAGGGAAAGAGCUGCCGGGUAACUAUAACUCGACCCUCCUUGCAGAGCUAUUCCAUGAGCAGUCCCGCCGGUGGUUCAACAUUGCUCAAUCACAUGUCCGCCAUGUCCGAGGCAUUGCAUCACAGUGGAAAGACCAGGUUCUUCACGCCAUAAUUUCUGAGGAGAAGCUUCGUACAGAGGUUCGAAACAUUCUACAGGAAUGGCUUGACAACGCCGAGCGGCUUGCAAUGGAGGAGCUUGAUAAGCUUAUUCAAGAUGAACAGCGCGAUCCCCUGACAUACAACCACUAUUAUACAGACAAUAUCCAGAAGGCUAGGCUUGAUGCGCAGAGGAAAGAGGUUAGGAAUGCAGUUACUCGUGUGGCGAACGAGGAUUGGAAUGGAAAUCUUCACAUCAGUAACACCUCUUACGACCUUGACAGGUUUUUGCGAGGGCUCGGACAAAGGAUCACAAUUGAUAUGGACAAACAAGCGUGUGACGAAGCAUUAACCCAGCUUAAUGCCUACUAUAAAGUUGCCUUGAAGACGUUUAUUGACAACAUGGCUCGACAAGUCAUAGAACGCCAUCUGAUAUCACCUUUGCCCAAAGCUUUCUGUCCAACCUCUGUCGCUAAGCUUGAUGAUGAAGCACUUCUCCGUAUCGGAUCGGAGCCUGCCCAUGAGGCUGCACGGCGGACAAGACUUACGAGUAUGGCUCAUGGACUAAGGCAGAGCCUGCUCGAGCUCCAGAGGCCUGCCUCAUAA